GCAUCUACACUCUAUCCCGCACACUCCCUUAAACACUCAUUGCAUUGUCCCAAAGCCCGGAAAGAGGGAUUUACAGGACAGUUCUCCUCCUGUCUCAAACCUCAUAUUAACAACGGAUUUUGUUGUUGUGUUGCCUUUAAACCAGCUGAUUCCCAUAAUCACGAACGGGUAGUCUGCGCGUGGAUCUACGCCGAUUUUGACUGACCGACACCUGCACACUCUCUCUCUCUCCUUUCCUCUCUUUUGUCUCUGACAUCUCUGCAGCUCACAGCCAGCAGCGCUGGGAGAGGAGGAGCAGCGGGGUGUACCUGACACCUACAGCCGCGCGUCGCAGCUCUCUUCCCCCGCAGAAACACCCGCCACGGGUGCGUCCUUCUAUCGCCAGGGUGUCCGUGUGCAGUUUGAACGGGGAACACGGCUUCUACUGACGGACUGAAAACUCUUAAAAAAAAAAAAAAAUUCCAACAACACAUUAUAGGCAGGGGUCUUCGAAGAACUCCUGCUUGAUUAACUCGGACCAGAAAUCUUUAGGAUUUUUUUGACUGACUGACUGUAAGAAAGAAAAGGACUACAAUUCAAGAGAUGCGUCCCCCGGUGUUUCUCUGUGUGUUGCUGUGUGUGUCUGCAGCGCCGGGCCCGGUGGCCGGGGCGGACCGGAGCUGCUCCGACCUGCGGCAGUUCUACACCGGGAAAGGGUUCACUCUAGUAGAUGUACCUCAGACAGAGAUCUCCGGUGAACAUUUGAGGAUGUGUCCCCAGAGUCCAACUUGUUGUACCAGCACCAUGGAGGAGAACCUGGGGGGUCUGAGCGCUCGAGAGACCGAGGGACUGAUCAGAGAAGCUGGCAGGUCGCUGCAGUCUGCCUUCAACGCUCUCCAAAGGAGCUUCGACACAUAUUUCACUGAGCUGCACGGUCGCUCUGAGCGCUCCCUCCCUGAGGCGCUGUCUCCCCUCGGCGCCCUGUACUCACAGAACACCCGUCUCUACGGAGACCUCUACACCGACCUGCGACAGUACUACCGGGGCUCCGCUCUAAACCUGGACGAGACCCUGUCUGAGUUCUGGUCUCGCCUCCUGGAGCGCACCUUUAAAAUCUCUGCUCCCACAGAGGUCAACCUGUCAGAGGACUACCUUGAAUGUGUUGCCAAGCAACAGGAGACGCUACGACCAUUUGGAGACAUCCCAAGGGACAUGAAGGCGAAGCUGAUCCGUGCUUUUGUCACAGCCAGGUCGUUUGUCCAGGGGCUGAUAGUUAGUGGAGAGGUGGUCAGGAAGGUCUCACAGGUUAAUUUGAGUCCAGAGUGUAUGAAGGCCCUGAUGAAGCUCGUUUACUGCCCCCACUGUCACGGCAUUGCCUCCGUCAAGCCCUGCUCCAACUACUGUUCCAACGUCAUGAAGGGCUGUCUGGCCAACCAAGCUGAUCUGGACCCCGAGUGGCAGAAUAUUAUAGACACCAUGAUCCAAGUGGCCUCUAGUUUCAGCACGGAGCCCAGUCUCGAUGUGGUUCUCUCCUCUAUCCCUGCUCGAAUCUAUGAGGCUGUUCACGUCCUGCAGGAAAACAUGGACACAUUCACAGCAAAAGUGUACCAGACAUGUGGUACUCCAGGUGAACCAGGAACAGGAAGUCCCACACUUCAUGAGCAGAGGAAGAAGAGCGGCUCCCUGACCGCAUCAGAGUACAAACCCUCUCCAACCGCUGGGCUCAGACUGGAGAUGCAGGUUUCAGAUCUGUCAAGUAAGCUGAGGGAGAUGCGUCAGUACUGGACCCAGCUUCCUGUAGCACUUUGCAGCAAACUGGCAGCAGGGGGCGCCGGUCAGGAUAAAUGCUGGAAUGGCAUUACAAAAGCUAGGUACCUUCCAGAGGUGAUGGGUGAUGGCUUGGCCAAUCAGAUCAAUAACCCAGAAGUAGAGCUUGACAUUACAAAGCCGGACAUGACCAUAAGGCAACAGAUCAUGCAACUCAAAAUCAUGAGCAACAGGCUGAAAAAUGCGCUGGAGGGCAAUGAUGUGGACUUUCAGGAUGCAAGUGACGACAUUAGCGGUUCAGGAAGCGGGAUGUGCGUAGGUGGUCUGUGUCCUCGGAACAGACCGGGAUUGUACGCCUACUCGCCAGACAACAACCGAGUCAAAGGCACAGCCACGUCUCAAACACGCAUCUGUGGCCUCCUACUCCUGCUCCCAUUGACCAUUCUGCUGCAUCAGCGAUGAUGGACCGCAGCUGCCUCAAAUCAGACUCUAAGUCUAGAGGAGGGCUGAACCACGCGACAGACAAAAAGGGGUUUGAUGGGGGGCGUGGGGGGUGGGGGGCUUGGAAGGUAAAUUUGCCAAAAAUAUGAAAAAGACAUCUUGGGGAAUUAAUGGACGACAUUUUAUUUGACCAAGAGGAGCAAAACUGAGAGUGACAAUUUUCUUUAUUUAGUUUUGCUCAGUUUUAAUGUGUCUUAGUUCGGGUGGGAUUCAGUUUGUUGAGCUGGUUUCAAUGGAUUGUUGGAAGAAGACGGAGAUGAGGAAGGCAAAGAAGACAAAGAGAAUGAUGACUGUUUGUGAUGAAAAUGAUGAUGGGGAUAUUGAUAAUGGUUUAUUGACACUUUAUCAGAUCCAUUUAGCUCCAGGUUCCAGUCGGCAGGCGGCACAGCUCAGUGAAAAGAAAAGUUUGGUUCCCUGAUGUGUGGUGCAUUCAACAAGGCUUAUUUUUUUAUUUUUUUUGGAGUCAAGGUUGACCUUAACAAACAUUGUGCAAGUUGUAAAUGUUUGUGUACAUUAGCAAAAAGACUGGCAUCAUAUUGCGCCAUGAAUGUACAGUGUAAUACUAUAUUGGCAAUGAAUCUCCCCAUAAUCUGGGAUGUAGUCGUCCAGAUGUUUUGGUGUGUGUUGGCAUAAAUAGAUACGUUCAAUAGGAUUUGUUUAAAAUAUUGCAGAUAAAUUAUCACACAGUACUGUAUGAGAUGUUGUGAUUGCAAGACUUUACCUCAGUUUUAAUGAACACCCAAACCAAAAGGGAAAUGACCACCUUUUUAACAACUCGUCACCUUCUUAAGAAUACAAGCAGUGUCAUCAAAGCUUUUGUAAACAAGCACAGACAAGCAGGUUCCUUAAAUCCUAUAAUUUAUCGUGCAGUGAAGACAGAAAACUGCACAUUGUUCCGACACUUGUGGUCGCAAUAACCACAAAAAUCUCCACGGAGAACAUUUCAUGACGCAGUAAUUUGGAAAGAGAACUCCUUGUUGAACGCACGCCCGCGUUUAGUAACUUUAAAUUGAGUCUUAGAAGCAACACAGUGGUUGAUAAACAGUACAGUAGGUCAAACCAAAGCACUUAUUACACCCUUUGUUUACAUUUUUUGACAGCAGACAUCGCCCCGAGUACGUUUAACAUUUGUGACCCUUUUGCCAGGUUUUGUAACUGCAUAUUUAAACAAACAAAAAAGCAUCAAUAAGAAAACAAAGGUCUUGUGCGUACAGUACAGGAUAUGUGCAGAAUAUUGACAACAUGUAUCCAUUUACCUGGUGAUACAUAAUUUACUCAGCAUGCCUUUCUUUCCGUCUACACUACUAUACUGAUACAUAUUGGACUCCUGAUUCACAUAAGUCUCUUGCACAUACACACAUUUGCACACACUGGGGUUGUGUAUUGAGCUGAUUUUUAUUCAUUAGUAUAUUUAAUCACACAUUUCAUUCAUUAAACGUGGUUUGAUUGUGGCAGUGGAUUUUGCCAUGCACAAUCUUUAGAGCUUUAUUUAAAAGGGCACUCCACCAAUUUUACACAUCAAAAUUGUAUAAAGUUCUCUGUGGCUCUGGAUGGAGCUUUCUAGUGUUUGAGAAAAUAAGCCUGAGGAUGUCAUAGGGAUGUCAUCAGCUUGGGCUUGAAGGUUAGAAUUUUGUAACAGAAAAAAACUGGGGGCAUCAGAUUUGAAAGACGUGGGUGUUUACCAGGCAGGGAGGAUCAAACAAAAUAAUUGGAGUUGCAAUUACGGCAAAAUAUAGGAUCUAGUGUUUACGGAGCUUGACCCAUUGUUAGGGAAUAAAAGUCAGGAUAUAUCUUGGGAUGGCAAUCUUGGUCCAUCUGUUGGACCACCACUUUGAUCCAGACUGAAACAUCUCAACAUCUGUCAGAGGGAUUGCCAUGUUACCUGCAGGAUUCAUUCGUAUUAUUUUGGUGAUUGCUUACCUGUUCAUCUGGUGCAUCAGGUCAAAGUUUAAAUGUGUCUAAUACUUGGGUUUAUGACCAAAUAUCUGUUAAACUAAUGUCAUUCCCACCAGCCUCAGCUGUACAUAAAGGUAUACUAAAAUUAUGAACAUGGUAAAUAUUCCAUCUGCUGGGCAUCAUUCAGUAUGUUAGCAUCGUCAUUUCAAGCAUGUUAUUUUGCUGAUGUUCUCCAUUAGCUCAAAGCGCCACUGUGCCCAAGUACUCAUAGAACCACCAGCAUAGACUCUUGUUUAAUAGUCUCUUGCACAAGUGCAAAACUAAAUCACUGGAGUACCCAUUUAAGGCCUCUAUGUUCCACUCAUUGUGAAGUCUGAUACAACUUUACAAACAUGUACUGUAUCUAAGUAUAUAUCCAUUAGCCAUAGAGAUAUGACCAAACACCAGUUGCUCUUGUCAAAAUGUCUGUGCCUGAUGCUCUGUGGCCCGUGGAUUUAGUCACGACUCAGUCCCUGACUUUGCUCGUUUUCUAUAAAAACUCAACUUGCCAGCUGCAUGGCAGCUAUAAAUAAACAUAUAACUCUUUGUAACCGGCACUGAUAAGCCUCAUGGGGCCCUGCUGGAGAAAAAACGGGGCCAUGUGUUGUGUGUGGGGAUAACAAUCCUGCACCAGUGAGGGAGUUUCGAGUUAAUGAAUGAUUUAUUUUCCUGACGCACACAACAGAAUAAAGCAGAGCAGCAGGCACAUACACAAAGAGUUCACUACACAUUUCAGUCUUUGAAUGCUGGAAAGGUCUUAAAUGUUUAAUUUCUCAACAUCAGUAUCGUAUCGAGAAGACCCGAUCUGAACAUCCAUCCGAAUUCACUCUUUUUUUGCAUCACGGGUCUUUCCCGAAAUGUGUCUUUUUCUGUAAUUGUGAAUGAUGUGGAGGCAAAGGUGGAGUCUGAGUUUUACUGAGAUGUGGGAGGACAGCUGGGAGGACACGUGUAGCAGCCACAGUCUACAACACUGUUGAUUUUCUUUGUCUAGACAUGAAGAAGAUGUAUCGACUCUCAGCACUCUGAGCUGAGCUGUCUGUCCAUGACCAACAUUUUGAAUCCCCCUGGUGGGAGUUACCUUUGAACAAAAGGUGCCAAAACUCUUGCUGAACAAAUAUAAGAAAUGUAACUCUGGAGACGGCUUAAACAUAAUUGUUCUGCUCAUGUAGCAGCUUGCAGGUCUAGAAUCGAUUUUUGGGUUUCAUCUGUGGUUUGAAAAGAAACAGAUUCAGUGCUAAUGUGUUUUCUUGUAGACGUGGCUAAUUUUCUUAACCAAUUUCAAACGCCUCCAACUGCUGGCUCUAAGAUAAGAAGCAUCUCCCGCUCUUUGUCUGCUUUUCACUUACACACAGACAUAUACACAACUCUUUAAGAUACUGGUCAAUGUGUACAAGGAUGCAAUAGCCAAUGAAUAAAGAUGAUUGUUGUCGUGGUA